AUGUCUGAAGAGGCGGGUGCUCAAAAGUUGAGUAAGAAGCAACUGAAAGCUUUGAAAUUCAAGGCCAAGACAUCUACAAAUGCAGCUGAAGAAUUAAAACAAGUUGAGGAAUCAAAGGAAGCAGAAAAGAAGCGUAAGCUAGAGGAAGAGCAUAGGGCCAAGGAGGAUGAGGAAGCAAAAUUGAAGGCGAAAGCGGAGGAGCCACCAAAGAAGAAGAGAAAGACAAGAAGAGGAAAAAAAGGUAAAGGCAGUAACAAGGAUGAUGAAAAUUCUGGACCUAGAUUUAUUUUGUUUGUUGGGAACUUGCCGUUCAAAGUAACGGACUCAGAUAUAAAGGAGCAUUUUAAAAAGUGUCAGCCAACGUCUAUUAGGAUCAGAUCCGACAAGGGAUGUGCAUUUAUUGAGUUCAAGAACGAAGAUCCUAAAGAAAGUAAGAGGUUGAUGGAUAUUGCACUACGUCUUCACAAAAGUACACUAGGAGGGAGGAAAAUCAACGUCGAAUUGACUGCCGGAGGUGGUGGUAAUUCAAAGGAAAGAGUAGAGAAAAUCAAGACCAAGAAUGAGAAAUUAGAGCAAGAGCGUCUCAAGAGAUUACAAGCAGAAAAAGAUAAAAAGGCCGAAAAAAGCAAAGGUAAUGAAGGUGAAGGUGAGGCUGCUGUUGAUGAGAAUGGCGUUCAUCCUGACAGGGCCAAGAUGUUAGGAUUAUAG